AUGGAUGAAAGAACUAGAAUAGGCAUAAUAGGAGACGAGGAAACACUCACAGGAUUUUUGAUAGCAGGGGUCGAAAGUGUUCAUGACAAUCCGAAUCUUGUUCAAGUAACGCCAAACACCGCAGAAGAUGACUUGAAAAGGAUUUUCUGUUCACUAACAGGCAGAAAAGACCUUGCCAUAAUCCUUGUCUGUGAUUUUGCUGCAGAAAAGCUAAAGGAAGAGAUAGAUGCAUAUAAUGAGGUAGUUCCUGCAGUAUUGGUCAUUGCAUCGAAAAAUAAAUAUGUCUAG